AUGUAUUGGACAGAUUGGGGUGAGGUCCCGAAGAUCGAGCGCGCUGGGAUGGACGGGACGCAUCGCUCGGUCCUCAUCGACUCUGAGAUCUACUGGCCCAACGGCCUGACGCUCGACUACGACCUGCAGAAACUCUACUGGGCCGACGCCAAGUUCAGCUUCAUCCACCGCUGCAACCUGGACGGAUCGGGCAGGGAGGUGGUGGUGAAGGGCUCUCUGCCGCACCCGUUCGCGCUGACGCUGUACGAGGACACGCUCUUCUGGACGGACUGGAACACACACUCCAUCCACGCCUGCCUCAAACACACGGGAGAGAACAGCCACGAGAUCCACACCAACAUCUUCUCACCCAUGGACAUACACGUCUACAGCCAGAAGCGGCAGCCGCUGGGUAAGAGACUUUGUUCAGCAGAAGUGCGUAAUGUACACUGGUUUGGUCUGAGCAUAUACACUCCAGUCUCUCGUACGAAGACCGUCUGUGUUGUGACCUCUGUCCUCUGACCCUGUCCAGGUGCCACUCAGCUGCUGCUUCUGGCGCGGCGCACAGACCUGCGGCGGAUCUCUCUGGACACGCCAGACUUCACCGACAUCGUGCUGCAGACCGACGACAUCCGGCACGCCAUCGCCAUCGACUUCGACCCGGUGGAGGGACACGUCUACUGGACGGACGACGAGGUGCAGGCCAUCCGCAGGUCCCACCUGGACGGGAGCGAGGCUCAGUUCGUGGUGACCUCGCAGGUGAAUCAUCCGGACGGGAUCGCCGUGGACUGGAUCGCACGCAAUCUGUACUGGACCGACACCGGCACGGACCGGAUCGAGGUGACGCGGCUGAACGGAAGCAUGAGGAAGAUCCUGAUCUCGGAGGAGCUGGACGAGCCGAGGGCCAUCGUGCUGGACCCCGCCGCCGGGUACAUGUACUGGACAGACUGGGGUGAAGUGCCGAAGAUCGAGCGGGCGGCUCUGGACGGGACAGAGCGGCUGGUGCUGGUCAACACGUCUCUGGGCUGGCCCAACGGACUAGCGCUCGACUACAGCGAGAGGAAGAUCUACUGGGGAGACGCCAAGACCGACGUCAUCGAGGUGAUGCAGAUGGACGGAUCGGGCCGGCGGGUGUUGGUGGAUGAUAACCUGCCGCACAUCUUCGGUUUCACGCUGCUGGGCGACUACAUCUACUGGACGGACUGGCAGCGGCGCAGCAUCGAGCGCGUGCACAAACACAGCCUGGAGCGCGAGGUGAUCGUCGACCAGCUGCCCGACCUCAUGGGAAUCAAGGCCACAUACGUCCACCAGACCUUCGGUGUGAACCCGUGUGCGCUCGAUAACGGCGGCUGCAGUCACCUGUGUCUCUAUAAGCCGCAGGGCGUGUCGUGCGCGUGUCCCAUCGGUCUGGAGCUCAUGGCCGAUCUGACCUCCUGCAUCGUCCCCGAGGCCUUCCUGCUGUUCUCCCGCCACACGGACAUCAGGCGCAUCUCGCUGGAGACCAACAACAACAACGUGGCCAUUCCACUCACCGGCGUCAAAGAGGCGUCCGCGCUCGACUUCGACGUCACCGACAACCGCAUCUACUGGACAGAUAUAACGCUGAAGGGUCAGAGGGUUUAUCAGCUGGGGGCGAUCGAGACGCUUUGGCUUCACUCUUCAGGACUCGAGCGGCACGCUUGCUCAGGACGCGGUCCCGGUCGCUGUGGUCAUGUGACACGGUCUGCUUGUGUUCCUGUCAGCUUCAUGUACUGGACAGAGUGGGGUGGACGGCCGAAGAUCGACCGCGCGGCCAUGGAUGGUUCUGGACGCAUCACUCUGGUGCCGAACGUGGGCCGUGCGAACGGACUGACCAUCGACUACACCGAGCGGCGGCUGUACUGGACGGACCUGGACACCACGCUGAUCGAGUCCUCCAACAUGCUGGGUCUGGAGCGUGAGGUGAUCGCUGACGAUCUGCCGCAUCCGUUUGGACUCACGCAGUACCAGGACUACAUCUACUGGACCGACUGGAGCCAGCGCAGCAUCGAACGGGCCAACAAGACCAGCGGGCAGAACCGCACCGUCAUACAGGGACAUCUGGACUACGUCAUGGACAUACUGGUGUUCCACUCGUCCAGACAGAGCGGCUGGAACGCCUGCGCCUCCACCAACGGUCACUGCUCGCACCUGUGUCUGGCUGUUCCUGUCAGCAGCUUCGUGUGCGGCUGCCCCGCGCAUUACUCACUCAACUACGACAACAAGACCUGCAGCGCGCCCACAUCCUUCCUGCUGUUCAGUCAGAAGACCGCCAUCAACCGCAUGGUCAUCGACGAGCUGCAGAGCCCCGACAUCAUGCUGCCCAUCCACAGCCUCAGAAACGUGCGCGCCAUCGACUACGACCCGCUCGACCGCCAGCUGUACUGGAUCGACUCCAAGCAGAACGCCAUCCGCCGCGCGCAGGAGGACGGGAACCAGAGCGAGACGGUGGUGUCCGGGUCGAGCCUCGGCCUGCAGCCCUACGACCUCAGCAUCGACGUCUACAGCCGCUUCAUCUACUGGACCAGCGAAGUGACCAACGUCAUCAACGUCACGCGCAUCGACGGGUCACGGGUCGGCGUGGUGCUGCGCGGAGAACACGACAAACCCCGCGCCAUCGUGGUCAAUCCGGAGCGAGGGUACAUGUACUUCACCAAUCUGCAGGAGCGUUCUCCGAAGAUCGAGCGCGCCGCUCUGGACGGGACGGAGCGCGAGGUGCUGUUCUUCAGUAAUCUGGGCAAGCCGGUCGCUCUGGCCGUCGACAACGAGCUGGGAAAACUCUUCUGGGUCGACAUGGACCUGAGGCGCAUCGAGAGCAGCGACCUGUCCGGAGCCAAUCGCAUCGUGAUCGAGGACUCCAACAUCCUGCAGCCGGUGGGUCUGACGGUGUUUGGGAACUUCCUGUACUGGAUCGACCGGCAGCAGCAGAUGAUCGAGCGCAUCGAUAAGAUCACGCGCGAGGGACGCACCAAGAUCCAGGCGCGCAUCGCCUCUCUGAGCGACAUCCACGCCGUCCACGAGCUGCGCAUGGAGGAGUACAAUAAACACCCCUGCACGUCUGAUAACGGCGGCUGCUCGCACAUCUGCAUCGUGAAGGGAGACGGAUCCACGCGCUGCUCGUGUCCGGUUCACCUGGUGCUGCUGCAGGACGAGCUCUCCUGCGGAGGUACCCAUCACACACUCAUGGAGAAUGUGUCGAUAAUGCAGGAGGACAAUAUCGUAAGAGACGCUCUGUUUUCUUCCUCAGACGCGACUGAAGAGCCGUCCUUUCCUCCCACGAACACCAUCGGCUCUAUCGUGGGUGUGCUGAUGCUGCUGUUCGUGGUGGGCGCUGUGUAUUUCGUGUGCCAGCGUGUGCUGUGUCCUCAGAUGAAGGACGACGGCGAGACCAUGACCAAUGACUUCGUGGUGCACGGGCCGCCGCCGGUGCCUCUGGGAUACGUGCCUCACCCCGGCUCUCUGAGCGGCUCGCUGCCAGGCGUGUCUCGUGGGAAGUCGGUCAUCGGCUCGCUGAGCAUCAUGGGAGGCAGCAGCGGUCCUCCGUAUGAUCGAGCACAUGUGACCGGAGCCUCGUCCAGCAGCUCCUCCAGCACCAAGGGUUCAUACUUCCCUCCGAUCCUGAAUCCUCCUCCGUCUCCCGCCACAGUGAGGUCGCAGUAUACGAUGGAGUUCGGUUACUCGUCGAACAGCCCGUCGACGCACCGAUCGUACAGCUACAGGCCGUACAGUUACCGUCACUUCGCCCCUCCGACGACGCCCUGCAGCACAGACGUGUGCGACAGCGACUACACGCCGGGCCGAAGGGCUCCGCACGCGUCCAGCGCCGCCGCCAAGGGCUACACCAGCGACCUGAACUACGACUCGGAGCUUGACUCGUCCUGA